UCCCCCCAAUUGCGAUGCUGGCACACUGAGCAGAACGACUCGUCACGACGGCCGACACUCAGCGCACGCGGCCAGCAAACGUCGAACGGCAAACGGCAAACGACAAACAGCAAACGACAAACGGCAAACGGCAAACGACAAACAACAAACGGCAAACAAUAAAAAAAAAAACAAAAAAAAAAGGGAGAAGAUAGCACCAAUUGUUUCUAUUUCUUAUACGAGUACAAUUCAUUUUGUAUAUUUAUAAAAACAGAAGAAAAAAAAAAGAAAAAAAGCGCAAAAUGUGUUGCUAAUGCAACCAGCGAGUGGCAGAUUCGCAUCUGUUUAGGGAUUCUGUGCUGUGGCAUGUUAAGUUGAUACGACGGUUUGUGUGUUGUCUACAUCAUCUAGUGUGUGUGUGUGUGUGUGUGUGUGUGUGAGCGUGUGCGUUGAGAGAAGAGACGCGCAAUCGGAAUCGUAAUGCAAAGGUGGCGUUAUGGCACUGCAAGGCUGGCGCUUUUUCGGUGUCUCGGCAACAAUCAUCAUCUAUAUAGGCGGUGUUCUAUUUCUAUCCAUGAACAAUAUACCCGGCUCGCAUCCAAAACGCACGCGCAUCGAGCGAUUUGCCGAGUUUUCCAGCUUUCAUAGUCCCCGAUUUCCUAUGCCCAGCCGCAAGAUGACCAUACGCUGGUGUCGCGACCUUAAAUAUCUAAAUCGCGAGCUUCCGAAUUAUACAGACUACAAGGCCGGCGACUUCUACACUGCAUUACCCAGCGAUGUGAGUGCCAGUCUACAGAUACAGGGUGCUCCGUUCGCACCCAUGUUGACCGCCUUGGCGAGCUUUCCGGGAAGCGGGAAUACGUGGCUGAGGUAUCUGCUGCAGCAGGCGACGGGUAUAUUGACGGGUAGUAUCUACAAGGAUUACGGUUUGCUCAAGACUGGCUUUCCGGCGGAGAACGUCUGCAACAGCUCAGUAUUAUUGGUGAAGACUCACGAAUGGGGCUCCAAGGCGUGGGCACCGUUCUCCAAAGCAAUACUCUUAGUGCGUGAUCCCGAGAAGGCAAUCAUAGCCGAGUUCAAUCGCCAAAGUGGCGGACAUAUUGGAUUCGCCUCACCCGAUCGCUAUAAACGCACCAAGGGCAAAUAUUGGCAGCAGUUUGUCAGCAACAAGCUCAAGGGUUGGGAGCUCAUGAAUCUCAGCUGGGCACGCAAUUUCACGGGCAGUAUUAAGGUUGUAUUCUACGAUGAUUUGGUGCACCAUACGGAGCGUGAACUGCGCAGCAUUCUGGACUUUCUUGAGUUCCCCAUCAACGAGCAGCUGAUGCGAUGUGCCCUAAUUCGAAAGGAGGGCAUCUUUAGACGCAAAAAGCGGCUGUUAUCCUUUGAUCCCUAUACGGACUCCAUGCGAGCCGAGUUGCUGGCGCGCAGACGCAUCGUUUACAAUUUACUGGGCAGGCUUAAGGACAUAGAAUAAGUGAGGAUGUUACAAAUGAUAUGGAUACGACGAAUUAUGCAACGAGCAAAGCAAAGCAAAGCAAUGCUAAAUCCACCAGAAAAUAACAAACAAAGAAACAAACAGAUCUGCACUUUCUGCACAAUCCUACUAUACCAAAACUUCAUUUAGUUAUCACCCAAAAAAAGUCUGCAAAACGCAUCUAAGCUUAACAAAAUAACAUACAUUGAUCUCAAUGGUAUCCAAUAUUUGCUACACAUACUAAGCAACGAUUCAAAUAGCAGACAAACCGAAAAAGAAACCGAUGAAACGUUGAAGAAUACGAACCCUGACCAAUCCUCUGCCAUGCGCAUCGUUUCGUAUAUUUUUUGCUGCUUUAGCGUAUUAUUCAGUUGAAAUAUUUGACGAAUAUUUAUGUUUGAUAUAGGAUAGCUACUUAUAGGGUAAAGGCAGAAGUAAUGCAAUCGCGAUUGCGACAAGGUAUUAUGAUUCCUGAACGAAUUUAUGAAAUUCAUUAUACGCCAUGUUGUGCUUCAUCGCUCAUAUCCGUGUGUAUUCCAUUGAUAUUACUGGUUAUAUUGAAAUCCAAUAUUAGACUAUCCUUGUAAAAAGUUUUAUACAUGAUUCUACAAUAAUUUAUUGAAAUACAACAAUAAUGAACAUAUUAGAUAAUUGUACAAACCAACAAAAUAAGAAAUAAAAUUUAAAAAAAAAAUAAAGAAAAC